AUGGAGAUAAAUGGGACAGACAGCAGCCUAAAUGGCACCGAAGCUAAUCGCACUACUUCUCCUGUCUUCAUUAUUAGCACGCGUUAUAUGACACAAUGGAAACGAGAGAGGCAACGGGAACGUCUUUGUCGCAUGUACAAUCAAGUUUUAGCGGAAUGCUCCCAGCUUAAUGGAAGCUGGCCUGACCCGGAUGAUCCACGUUGGAGCAGUGGGGAAUAUGUAGAACUUCUGUCAGAAUGGUUUCCGUCAAAUAUUACCAACGGAACGAUAACGGGGAACGCAACAACCUUAUCAACCGCGGAACCUUUCGCACCUGUUCUACCACCCUUCGAACUAUGGCAGACGAUACUGAUCGCUUUCUCCCUCGCAUUAUGUAUACUAUUAACUGUCGGCGGUAACAUUCUCGUCCUCCUGGCAUUUAUCGUAGAUAGGGCUAUCAGACAGCCGAGUAACUACUUCAUCGCCUCAUUAGCAGCCACCGAUAUGCUUAUUGGAACUGUAUCCAUGCCAUUCUACACGGUCUACAUUCUGAUGGGAUAUUGGAAUCUUGGACCUUUGCUCUGCGAUUUAUGGCUGUCCGUAGAUUACACGGUAUGCUUGGUAUCCCAGUACACGGUAUUAUUGAUCACAAUUGAUCGAUUUUGUUCGGUGAAAAUAGCAGCCCAAUAUCGCAGCUGGCGCACGAAAAAUCGCGUAAUCUGGAUGGUUACGAUCACCUGGAUAAUACCGGCCUUGCUCUUCUUCAUCAGUAUCUUCGGCUGGGAGCAUUUUAUCGGUUACAGGGAUCUAGAUCCCGGCCAAUGUACCGUUCAAUUCCUCAAAGAUCCCGUUUUCAACACCGCUUUGAUAAUCGGUUAUUAUUGGACCACGCUUGUUGUUCUGUUCAUCUUAUACGGCGGUAUAUACAAGACGGCUUACGACAUGCAGAAAAAGAGCGAGGCCAAGCAGAGGAAAAUGCAAUCGAUGGUUGCCCUCAGCGCGGGCGCGAUGUCCGGUAUGGCGGGUCGGGCGGCUGGUAUAGGUAUAUCGAAGACGCAAAGCACCCUUUUGAGCCAGGAUAAGCCGAAGCUAAGCGCGUCGGGUGACGAGGAGGGGGGUGGCGACGGUUCAGGGCAGAAGACUUCCUCAAAGACUUCCGGAACCACCGGCGUGACCGACUCGACGGAGAAACAAAUAGGUGGAAGCAUGGCCCCGACGGAGACGGAAAAAUCUGAACGGAGUAGUAGCCCAGCGUUCGAUUCGGACGAGGAGAGCACGAUGGGCCCUGCUGCUCAACAGCUCGCCAACAUCAGGAAACGAUCCUCCUUAGCCGGCCUGGUCGUGCAGACCGGCGCCCUCCCAGUUUUCUCCACUAACGGCCACUUGAACGGAAUCGUUCCGGCCAAGGCCGACCUGAACUUGCAAGCAUCGAAGAAGCUCCUCCCCCCCGUGGCCGCUGGCCCGACGUGCGACAUGGCCACGCAGAAAGCUCAAACAUUGCCGAAGAUACAAGAGUCGAGCCUCUUGGACACGGACAAUGUGCUCGAACCCGACAGGUCGAGCAGUCAGACGUUGACACCUGAACAGUCUCGCUGCAACGGGGACGCGACCCCUCAUCAACGACCGCUCACUUCCGCCGAGACGUCACCACCCACUCAUCCCGCUCGUUCGAUCAGCGGAAGCCAACAGAACAUCAUACCACCGCCUACGCAGUUUCGAAGCAGCCCCCAAGUGUCCGACAGCCCAUCCACGUCCUCGUCCACGGACAGACCCAAGUCGUUGGUCGUGUCCUCUCACGGGACAGCAGGUACUUUCGAUAUUCUGACAGGGUUGGACGGGGGGGAUUUGAGGUACAUGGACGAAAGUUCGGUUAUAUUGCCCAGCCCAUCUUACGAGAGUCCAUCGUCUUCCUUCUCAUACAGCCUGGCGAAUCCCCUUUCGAGCGCCCCCUCGUCCCCCAUUCUAGGGAAUAUCCCUACCUCGUCCAACACGAGCUUGCUGCAGGCAGCAUUGAUCAGAGCCACGGCCCAGCAAGUAAGCAAUCAGCAAUCGGGAGGCGGCCAGAGCAAGCAGAGCCAACCGAUAAUGUCGAACGCCUCCAGUCAAACCCAUCCUCCUCGCGUGUUCAUCACACAAAAAUCGAACGUCGCUUCUCAAACAUCGCCGACGGUGAGCAAAGUGCACACGGAGGUGAGCGUGAAAGCGAAGGACACGAAGCAGCAACCGGUGACGACGAUCGUCAGCGCGCACUCGGUGGAGAAGAACAACGCGACGAAUCAGUAUUCUGAGCAAGAAGCGAGGAUCAAUCCUCCGCAGAAUUCGUCCUCCAGCGGUAGCAUGGUGCCCACGAUUUCCGGGACGACGGGAAACGAGCAAGACGCGAAGAAACAGUCGAAGAAGAGGGACGCGAGGGGCAGCGAGGAAGGUGGCUCGAGGAAGGACUUCGUGAAGACGAUUGGGAAACGUUUGAAGACGAAAACGCAGAGGAGGGAUCCUUUGUUGAGCAGGCAAAAAUCACGGACCGAGAACAGGGCUCGGAAAGCUUUCAGGACGAUAUCUUUCAUUUUAGGCGCAUUCGUCGCUUGUUGGACACCGUAUCACAUUUUGGCGCUAGUGGAGGGUUUUUGUACGAACAAACCGUGCACCAACGAACAUCUGUUUAUGUUCUCGUAUUUCUUGUGUUACACAAACAGCCCCAUUAACCCGUUUUGUUACGCAUUGGCCAACCAGCAAUUCAAGAAGACUUUUACGAGAAUAUUGAAAGGUGAUCUGCACAUGACGUAA